AUGUUUGUUUACUUCCCUGUUGGUGCGUUUCUCAAGAUAAUCGUGGCGUGGCGUGGGGGAGCCGGGCGAGGCGUGGGGAGCCGGGCGAGGCGUGGGGGAGGCGGGCGAGGCGUGGGGAGCGGGGAGGCGUGGGAGGCGGGAUGGGGGGAGCCGGGCGAGGCGGGAUGUGGGAGCGGAUGUGGGCGAGGCGUGGGGGGGGGAUGUGGGGAUGUGGGCGAGGCGGAUGUGGGGGAGCGGGGAUGUGGGGGAGGCGGGAUGUGGGGGAGGCGGGAUGUGGGGGAGCCGGGCGAGGCGGGAUGUGGGGAGGCGGGAUGUGGGGGAGCCGGGCGAGGCGGGAUGUGGAGGAGCCCGGGGGAGAACGUGGGGGAGCCCGGGGAGCCGGGCGAAAAAACUCUGAAGCUUUCCAAUAUUGUGGUGUCACAUUCUAUGCCGGACUGA